CUUGGUGUCUUUAUAUUUCAAUUCAUACGGUCAUACCUAUAUAUAAUCCCCUAAACCCUUCUCUUAGAUUCAACAUUUCAAGAAAAGAUAAAUCAAAUUAAGCAUUCUUGAAAUAUUUAUUAGCAAGGGGUAGCAAAUAAGUAUUGUUACUUUGUUACCAAUAUGGGCCUAGUUUCCCUCCUUGUGCUCAUUUCCACAAUGCUCCACUUGGACAAUGACCAAAAUACCCUCAUCACCAACACAUGCAUGAACACCCCAAACUACCCUCUUUGCGUCUCAACCCUACAGUCCGACACCCGGAGCUUCGCCGCAGACGCUGACGUCGAGACUCUCGCCCUCGUCAUUGUGGCCGCCGUCAGGUCGAGAGCCCGCGAGGUCAAGGUCAUGAUACCGGAGCUUAAGGCUGCCAAACCCGAGUGGGGAGGGCCGCUCAGCCAGUGCUACUUCUACUACGACGCGGUCGUAAGGGCUGACGUGCCGGAGGCGGAGAUGGGUAUCAAGAGAGGCGUCCCGAAGUUUGCGGCGGCGGGGAUGGCAGACGCGGCGGUUGAAGCCGAGAACUGCGACGCCGCGUUUAAGGGUUUGGGAAUUACGGAUUCGCCCUUGAAGGAUGUCAACAAGAAUGUGAUGGACCUGUCUGCUGUGGCUAACUCGAUCAUCAAGAAGUUGUUAUGAACUUAUGACAGUUAAUUAAGUAUUUGAUUAAUUUGAUCAUAGUGCGUUUUGAAUAAAGUGUUGUUUUUAUGGUAGCACUGCCUAGCAUGCCUUGGCUAACACGUUGAUGUUUAUUUAGUACUAUGGGUACUUCGUAUAAUAAAGAGUGUUCGUUUUUAAAAUAGGACUCUAAUACUCAUUUUUCUUCUUCAAAUAUGAAUAAUUAUUACCAUUUCUA